AUGGAUAUGGCAUCAAAAACAAAUUCAUUCUUUCCUCCGGAAUAUCACGACAUACAUCCCCAAAAGCCCGAAUCCGUCAGUGCAGUAUUGACUGAUUACAGUGGCGUUACUACUGCCCACGGGGUACCCCGCAUCAUCACCUCAAAGUCUGUGCUGUCCAAACUCUUCUGGGCCUGUGUCACCCUUGUCGCUCUUGCAGCGUUCCUUUGGCAAGGAAGCCUACUGCUCUUUGACUUCAGAGGACAUCCUUACACGACGCAGAUCGAUGUGGUCACCCGGACGGAAGUACGGUUUCCUGCAGUCACCGUGUGCAACAUGAAUAAGAUGAGACGCUCGGCUAUGGUUGGCACCCGAUUCGAAAGCUUGAUCGAAGCCGAUGGCGGCGUUGGGGGAGGAGACAUGGACUACAGUUGGUGGUUCGACUGGUCAUCGGAAUGGUGGCUAAAGUACGAGGAAUCACUCAGCUCUAGUAGUACUGAGGUGCCUGGACCGAGCGAUCUAGGAUCAGAUAUCUUUGGCACAUACCAUUCUGGUGACAUGAGUGGAGACUCGGAAACGGACGGCACAACUAGUUCUGUCCCAGAGACAACAUUUUCUGAGUUUCCCGAUAUAAGCAGCGAAAACAACGAGCCCUCGACAUCAGCAAAUCAAAAUCAGACAUCACAAUCUGAUGUGGACACUGCUUCUGAAACAUCCGACGGGUUCCAACCUUCUAUCGACGAGGAAUCGUCAGCACCGGGCGAGGGUCCACAGGUAAGAAAGAGAAGAUCGGGUCUCCGGCUCAUCCCUGAUCCCAUCACUGGUAAACUGGAUAAAAAACGACGACACAUUCGCCGAAAGCGACAAACUGGCAUAUACCCGUCGUCGAUGGGGUCUGAGGAAGCCGAGAAGUACGACUGGUGGGAAUCAGGCUGGGAGACCAACAUGUUCGACUACCAGGAGUACGACUGGGACGGUGUGACCGAUGACAAUGACUGGCAAGGGUUCUACCGGCAGUCCACGGCAGAUGACUUCAGCGAUCUUCUGGAUGUCAUCAACCCAACAAGACAAGAACUGGAGGAUAUGGGGCACCAGGCAGAAGACUUCAUACUUCAAUGUACCUUCGACAGACGCCCUUGUAAUUACACGGAUUUUCACCAAUUCCAGAACAAAUACUACGGUAACUGCUUUACCUUCAAUCAAGAGGUCGGAAACAGCAGCACCGUCCGUCACACCGGACAUACAGGAGCACAGUACGGCCUGCACUUGACACUGUUCACCGAGCAGCCGGAAUAUGUGGGGCUCUUCGCCCAGGAGGCAGGGGUUCGAGUCGCCAUUCAUCCCACGGACGUACUCCCCUUCCCCGAGGACGACGGGGUAGUUGCCUCCACAGGACAGGCCACAAACAUCGGUAUCAGACAGUCAUACUUUGAGCGGCUAUCGGACCCGCACGGCAACUGCACGGAUGGGACACAGACGAAUUUCACAUCGGAGGAAUACGCCUACACUACCCGGGCUUGCGUCAAGUCCUGUGUUCAGCAGCAUCUAUUCAACAAGUGCGGAUGUGUGACCGAUAUCAUGAUGAACGAUACGAUCUGUAGCCCCCGAAACAAGACCGAACAGGUGUGUCGUCAGGCUAUUGAGCAAUUCUUUCACGAAGGCAAACUUGAAUGUAUCUGUCCUAUUGCCUGCGAGGAAACUCUGUUUGUAACCGCCGUAACGUCGGACCUGUGGCCUUCAGAGCGAUAUGAGACUCAUCUGAAGUCUCGAUUGACUAAUGACAAGGCGAUACGUAUUCUCCAAGAUAUCGAACAGACAAGAAAAAAUCUGGCUCGAGUACGGAUAUACUUCGAGGAACUCAAUUAUGAACAGAUGAUCCAGAAACCUAAAUAUACGUUUGAGAGUCUGUUAGGUGGCAUUGGAGGUCUUCUAGGUCUCUACAUCGGGUUCUCCGUGAUCACCAUCUGCGAGGUCGGUGUCCUGGUCGUCGACCUCCUCAAGUACCUCUUCCGGAAGGCAUACAGUCAUGAUAGAGUUGUCCCGAUCAAUUUGAAGAACUAAAGUUGACCAGACGACGCUCGUCGACGAAAUAUUCUUGUAGGGGUAGUUCGAGUUCACACCUUUUUUUCAAAAAAACGGAAACGGAAAACAGAAAAUUA